AUGAUAGUAUUAUACGUUCUUAUAGUCCUUUUUGCUAAUUACAAACAUAUUAUUAGUCAGUCAUGGGAUACAUCCGAUGGAAUUCUUCCAUGGGAAUCAUACAUACAAUUAAGUGAUAUACAACGACCACUUGGUCUUACAAUUGAUCGAUCAUCACUUGCACAUCAUCAUUUUGCUAUUGGAUAUUUUUGUUUUCAUUCAUUUAUGUAUGAUGAAGCACAAGAUGCAUUUAGUCUAGCAAUUAAUACUACACCUAUGUUCUUCGAAGCAUACAUUGGAAAAAUGCUUACAUGUAAACAUGCAUUAUGGUCAUAUACUGAUUUUGAUUGUGGCUUAGCAGCAUAUAAUGCGAUUAUAUCAAUGUUGGAAACAUAUAAUAUGGCACUUUCAUCGUUUCAAUCAUCAUUACUUUCAACAGUUUAUCAAUGGUAUGCAAAUCAAUCAUCGAUUACAGUUGGAGAACAAGCAUUUUUAUCAUCGAUAGCUAAUUUAUCAGAAACAUAUCCAAAUGAAACUGAUAUACGUGUUUUAUGGGGUCUUUCACUUCUUAAUGUAGCUUUUGGAAGUGAAUUUCAAGGUGAAAUGGAACCUGCACCAAUGAUAAAAGCAAGAGAAGUAUUGCAAACUGCUCUAACAACUGAAUCAAAUCAUCCAGGUGCUCUUCAUUAUUUAAUACAUGCUUAUGAUGUUGCUCAGAGUAAUAUAUCUGAAGAAGCAAUAGAUUAUAUAUCAACUUAUCAACAAUUAGUUAAUACAUUAUCCUAUCCACAACAUUUACUGAGUCAUAUUUGGAUGCGUACAGGUUCAUUGCUGUUAGCUAAAUCGUCUGAUGAAAGAUCUAUUCAAGUUAGUUUAACAUUAUGUUUGACUAAAAUAAUGGAUCGCAUUGCAUCUAAUAUAUCUUCAACUGAACUUGAACCAGUUUUGGCUCAAUUUAAUACAACAGAUCAAGUAUCAUUGUUUCUAGACUGUGAUGCUGACAAUCGAGCUUAUGCAACCGAAUGGCUUUCAUAUUCUCGUUUACAAACCGGUGAUUGGUUUGGUACAUUAUCUUUAAUAAAUGAUCUGUAUAUUGCUUAUAAUCAAUUAUUAACACCAUCAACUCAAUAUUUAUUAUUUCCAUAUCGAGCUCUUGCGCGUACUGCUGUCAAUCUUUUCUAUUGGUUACCAUACGAUAUUCGAAUCAUUAAUAAAAUACAAGAAUUAGAGACAGUCGCUGAAAAGCUUCCGUUUGUUACAUUCGAUGAAGGUAGCACAGAUGUAGAUCUAGCUUGGAGUGAAGCCGGAUAUCGUUUCAGUGAUUGUCUUCGAGUAUUCGUUUUCAAUGAUACGAAUAAUAAUCAGUCAACUAAAGAAUUCAUAAGAGAUCAACAUUUUGCUCGUUUUGCUAUACUUUCUAAUCUAGUUGCUUCAUUAAAUCAAUAUAUAUCAACAAGUAUAUCAAUGAUGAUAUCUCAAAUUCAAGGAAUUAUUUAUUUUAAAAAUAAUUCAUUUCAAGAUUGUUUAAAUAUAUUAAAUGAAGCUACUCAACGUGAAUUUAAUCUUGUUAUUGAUAAUAAUAGUCCGAUUUUGAUUUUUGCACGUUCAUCCGAAUUAUUAGCUAUGCAUUUAUUACUUAUUCAUCGAAUAUAUCAAAAUCAAUUGGGACAAGCUAAUACUUCUACAUUUAUGUUAAAUGGUGCACAAGUACUUAUAAGUGAAUUUCCACGAUAUGCAUUGAAUCUUUAUCAAUCAGAAGAUCUAUCAGCACCUAAUCGAACAAUAAAUAUACUUGGUAUGGCUCGAGCUAAUGCUCAACUUCAUAAUAAUGAUGAAGCAAUAAAAUUCUAUCGAAAACUACUUACUCAAAUAAAUUUUUCGAAUACUACUGAUCCAUUAUUUUCUCAAGAAGCAACUGAUUUUAUUACUCAAGCAGAAAAUACGAAAAAUUCUGCUAACACUAAUCAAUUGUGUUUUUUAUUAAUCUUAAUUGUUUUUAUGUAUUUGGUUUUUCAUUAA